AUGGUCCGGAAUCGUAUCGUAGACAUUGAGGUGAACUGGCUUCAUGCUCCACUGGAGGACCAGUCGACAAAUCUGUUGGAUUUAGUGGCUACUGGCCAGAUUUCUCCCCUGCUCUGUCACUUGAUCGGUCUCCCCCUGAUUCAGGUUACACUGGAUCGCUUGUACAGUAUUCAAGAAUUAAAAACCGCUCUCAAACCAGAUCCAAAGGAUGGCUGCGUAUUGGAUAAAUGCGCAUUGGAGUGCAUGAAUAAUAAAGACCUGUUGCCAUUAUUGGUCAGUUCAGAGGGUUGGCCUUCGGAUGGUCAGAAAGGUGUGUGGGGAACCUACGACAAUUGUACCCCAGCUUCACAACUCUUGACCAUUCAUUCCAUUAAACGUACCUUGAAGUUGAAGUUCGAGGCUUCAAUGGAUGAAGAUCUGUGUAUCACGGACGGCACAAACGAUGGAUUAGACUACAUUCCAAUUUGCCUUCUCUGUCCCCUCACUCGAACGCGCAUCGAGCUUCCCGUUCGCUCGAUUCGAUGUGAGCAUUUGCAAUGUUUCGAUUUCACUGCCUAUUUGACCAUCAAUCGUCGCCGUCCGCGUUGGACAUGCCCGAUCUGCAGUGUUCCCGCUCCGUUUCGUGACCUCCGAUUAGAUGAAUUGUCUGCAGCGAUUCUUGCAGAUCCCACUACAGAAGGAGCCACAUUUGUGCACGUCGAUCCGAAUGGAAGUUGGCGUCGUGCACCCGAGGAAAGUGGCGACGUUCAAGAUGGAGUAUCUCAUGUAAAGCCAGAGGCGGGCAAAAACUCAGAUACUGCGACUAACGGAGCUGCUCUGCUGUCUCCACCAUGUCUAGUGGCGGCUUGCCGAUCGUCGGAGAACUCUCCGAAUCUUGUUAAUGGGGAUUCAGAAGCCACGUCCAAGCCACCCACUCUUCUAUCACCCGUUAAAACAGCUCCAGUGGAAAAUAACCCUGUAUCGGCCAAUACAGAACAUGCACCAGAUGUGGAAGUAAUUGUUUUGAGUGACGACGACGACGAUGAUGAUGCUGCGGCGGCGGCGGCGGCGGCGGGGCCGGUGGUGAUGUCUCACAAUGGUGAUGCUGCAGAUAAAUCCGGUGGUUCUCGAGGAGCAUUCUCCGAUUCAUCUCGAAAAGAAACUCCUGUUGGUUCGUCUCAAAAUACCCGAGCUGUANNGUAUCGGGUACAAACCAAACACGAAAUGCGGACGCAAUACCUAGGUAAGUAG